UAGAGUUUAAAGGUUAAACGUGGGCGGGACUGUACUUCAAACUCACAUGUUUACUUCCUCGGUGUGGUGUCGUAAUCGCGAUAUUACCAUGUUAUUUAAGUCACUGCUACUUGGUGCCUGCGGUCUUAGCGCACUUGGAGCUGCUGCGUAUAAAUUCGCCCCUACUCAGAUCUCCGGAGCAUUCAUUCAUUCCGUGGUUAGGAAAUCAGCUCUUGUGGAGCAAUCCAACAUGAAGGUAGAGCUGCUGCCUGCACUUACUGAUAACUACAUGUACCUCCUCAUUGACGAGGACACAAAAGAGGCAGCCAUUGUAGACCCCGUCGAACCCUCGAAGGUUGUUGAAGCUGUUAAAAAGCACGGCGUGAGGCUCAAAUCUAUUCUAACCACACAUCAUCACUGGGACCAUGCUGGUGGAAAUGAGAAAAUGGUGAAGUUGGUCCCUGGGCUUACUGUGUAUGGAGGUGAUGACAGGAUAGGAGCCUUGACCAAAAAAGUAACACACUACAACACUUUCAAAGUGGGCUCGCUGAAUGUAAAGUGUUUGUUUACACCGUGCCAUACCAGUGGACACAUCUGCUACUUUGUGACUUCAGAAAAUAGCUCUGAACCCCCAGCUGUGUUUACAGGGGACACCCUGUUUGUCGCAGGCUGUGGAAAGUUCUUUGAGGGUACAGCUGAGGAAAUGUACAAAGCUCUGGUAGACAUUCUGGGGCGACUUCCCCCUGAGACGCGUGUGUACUGUGGCCAUGAAUACACAAUCAACAAUUUAAAAUUUGCACACCACGUUGAACCAAAUAACGAGGCCAUCAGGAGAAAACUGGCAUGGGCUAAGGAGAAAUACGAUAACGGAGAGCCAACCAUUCCUUCCACAAUUGAGGAUGAGUUCACGUUCAACCCCUUCAUGAGAGUCAGAGAGAAAUCAGUACAGACGCACGCUGGGACAAGUGACCCCAUAGACACGAUGAAGAGCAUCCGGAAAGAGAAGGACGGCUUCAAAGUGCCAAAGGACUGAGCUUGUGUGCAGGAAAUUCUCUAUUACAAUGCAUCUUAGUACACUUUAAGAAAAAAAAAAAGCACAUUUGCAUUAAUGCACCAUUUAAAAGCUCCUGUAGGGGUAAAAAUUUAUUUAAAUCUUCUUUCUCUGGUCAGCUUUUUGUUCAAAAUGACAUCACAUGCCUGGGAUGUCCUAAAUCUGAGCUAUUUAGCUGACUUGGCACAUGUGCUGCAUAUCAUAUAAUAUAUAUAUAUAUAAAUGAGAGAGAGAGUUGUUGGUUUUUGUUUGUUUGUUUGUUUGUUUUUAUCAUUUUAUUAAUUGUAUCAGGCUUUGGAAAAACAUGAUGCUUUGCACGUCUGUGGCACCUAAAAUUUCACUUGGAUGAAUCUUUGUGUUAACUUAAUUUCAGCGAGCGGCGUGUCUAGUUUCUAAGCUAAAGGUACAAUUAGUGGCACGUGUAGAAUUUGUGUAAAGAAUUCUAACAUCUCAGAGUAUUUAUGUAUGUUGUGAUUUUGAAAGCAGGGAUUCCUUAUCAGUACACAAAUAUCUUGAUGUGCAAUGUUUUAUUUUUUUUGUUGAUUUGAAGAAGCUUGUUUUAAGGUGGCAUGCGUUAAUAAUCUUAGCUUUAUAAAAGAAAGUACAUUUAUAGGCUUCCAGACAGAAUACAUGGACAGAUAUGAGACAUUUAUAUCUUUAAAAUUCUUUCAUAUAGAGACAACAGUUGCCAUGCUUUAAUUAUUAUUAUUGUAUACUUAAUCCCUGCCUUGCACUAGCACUCAGUCCUCAAAAGUAAAAGCACGAGAAUGAUUCAAUUUCAAUAAUUGUGUGUGAUCAAUAAAGUGCCUGGGAGAAUCAA